CUUGCAAACAUCAUCAUCACCGCUUCACUUCAAUCAGGAAGCACGGAGACGCUGUUUUUCUUUCUGUUUUUAACUAACGGAGACACUUUGGUUAAAGCUUUAACCGCGAACAAAUAAGAGGGGGGGGAAAGACGCUUUAUAUUAAUAUAAAAUAAUAAUAAAUAACCCCUCUAUGAACCACUGCUGAAAGAAGACACAGUUUUGGUUACAUCCAGUGCAAGACUCAACUGUGGAUGUAUUUGACACAGACUAACCGGAGAAGGCUUCUGUCAGCAGCAUGGGACAGCAUCUAGGAAAGAGGGAGCCUCACACAGACACCAUGGCUUCGUCACCUGAACCCAAAGCAACAGCACCAGCGUCAAAGGUAGCAGCAGAGAUCGACUCACCGGAUGAAGUUUUCGGCCUGGUCGAGGCAGAUGCGAAGCAGAACAAUGGCUGCGUCUUGGAGAAACCGGCGGUGACUGACUCCACGGGCACUGAGGGCCCCCACCAGCCCUGGAACCCUGCCAGCACAGCUGACCCUGACGCCGCCAUACCACGCCCCCACCUGGUCCGCCUCUUCUCCCGAGAUGCCCCGGGCCGGGAGGACAACACCUUCAAAGAGCGACCCUCGGAAUCGGACGAGCUGCAGACCAUCCAGGAGCACAGCGGAACGGCUUCAGAGUGCGGGUCGGAGAGCCCCGAGCAGGACUUAGAAUAGGCUGACUUUUUUUUUUGUUCCUUCCCUUUCCUUUCUUUUCUCUAUUCCUCUUUUGAGCUUUGCUCUCUUCUCAAACGGAGAGA